AUGCAGAUGGAGGAGCCGGGUGUCUCGGCCGCAGAUGGGGACGGGAGCGGGGAAGCCGAGGAGACAAACCGAGACAGCCGCAAGGCACCUCCAGGAGAGGAGCUGGUCCAUGCCCUGCAGGUACCUGCAGUGCCCCAUGCUGCCCCUGCCCUCUUCACCACGCAGAUCUCCAUGAAGACCCUCAUGGGGAAAACCAUCACCCUCGAGUCUGAACCUUCUGAUACUACAGAAAAUGGAGAAGCAAAGAUCCAGGAUAAAGAGGGCAUCCCUCCAGAUCAGCAGGAAGAAGAAGACAAAGAAGAAGAAGAAGAAGACAAAGAAGAAGAAGAAGAAGAAGAAGAAGAAAAGAAGAAGAAGAAGAAGAAGAAAAGAAGAAGAAAAAGAAGAGAGAUGAAGAAGAAGAAGAAGGAGUCUUACACUACUCCCAAGAAGAACAAGCAUAAGAGAAAGAAGGUUAAGCUUGCAGUGCUCAGGUACUACAAGGUGGAUGAGAACAGCAAGAUCAGCCACCUGCACCAGGAGUGCCCCUCAGAGGAGUGUGGGGCUGGACUCUUCAUGGCCAGGCACUGA